CAACACUUAAAAAUAUAAAAUAUUAACUUUUCAAAACUAAUUAUAGAUGGGAUGUGUAGCUCAUAAACAAAAGAAAGAUUUUAAAUUUUCUACAAUUCCUAUUUAAGAAUAACGAUAGGACGACCUAGACGAAUGGACAAAAAUCAUUUAAUAGUAACAAGGCAAGAAUAUGAAUCAUUCAGGAAAAGCAAUAAUGACUAAAAGCAAAACUCUAUCAGCUAGAUAUCAUCAACCUUUAGAAUAAAUUGAUGAAGAAGAAGUGUGAGUAGUUCUGAUUUUUUAUGUUUUCUCAAAUUCCUUAAUUUCUAACAAUAACC